CUCCCUGCAGGAAGGACAUUCCCCAAGAAGGGCCAGACGUGUGUGGUGCACUACACAGCUGAGGUAGAGCGAGUUCCUCAGGACUGCUGGCAGGAAGAUCAUGAGCAGGUGUUUGUUCCAAGGGGGGAAUGCUCCAAAAUGGGAAGAAAUUUGAUUCAUCCAGAGACAGAAACAAACCUUUCAAGUUCAGAAUUGGCAAACAGGAAGUCAUCAAAGGUUUUGAAGAGGGCGCAGCCCAGAUGAGCUUGGGGCAGAGGGCGAAGCUGACCUGCACCCCUGAUGUGGCAUAUGGAGCCACGGGCCACCCCGGUGUCAUCCCUCCCAAUGCCACCCUCAUCUUUGACGUGGAGCUGCUCAACUUAGAGUGAAGGCAGGAAGGAACUCAAGGUGGCUGGAGAUGGCUGCUGCUCACCCUCCUAGCCUGCUCUGCCACUGGGACGGCUCCUCCCAUUUGGGGCUCUUGAUCAGUGUGCUAACCUCACUGCCCCAUGGCAUCAUCCAUUCUCUCUGCCCAAGUUGCUCUGUAUGUGUUCGUCAGUGUUCAUGCGAAUCCUUGCUUGAGGAAACUUCGGUUGCAGAUUGAAGCAUUUCAGGUUGUGCAUUUUGUGUGAUGCAUGUAGUAGCCUUUCCUGAUGACAGAACACAGAUCUCUUGUUCGCACAAUCUACACUGCCUUACCUUCACUUAAGCCACAUACACAAGGUGCUGAGACAUGAAAUGUACAUGGCGUACACAGAGGGACUUGAGCCAGUUACCUUUGCUGUCACUUUCUCUCUUAUAAAUUCUGUUGGCUGCUCACUUAAACAAUGUCCUCUUUGGAAAUAUGUAAAAUAAAGGCUCUGUGCUUGACAAA